AUGGGGAAGAAAGUCAUUGGCAAAAGAGCACCUCGUGAGAAAAUCCAUAAACUUCCAGGUUUUCCUAGACCAUCAACCCUUUCUCAAGACACCACCUUCACUCCCUCACCUUCUCCUCCUACCUCUCCUCCUCGCUGUGACCCCAUGGCUCGGACCAAGAACACUCCAAGGUAUCCUGCUCCUGCCAAACCGACACCACCAUCGAAGGCAACGCCAUCCAAACCAAGUUCCACAAAACCUAGUUCAUCCAAGGGUAAGCGUCCUGCUGUUGAAGAACCUGUUACUGAGCCUACAAAACCUAAGUCAAGGUCUGUUCCUGUGCGUUCACAAAGAGGUAACCCUCAUCACCUUCUCAAAUCUGUUAGCGAACCAGACAUUGAUCCCUUUGCUCACAAAUCACACUUCAUGACAUCUCACUCAAACUAUAACCCCCAUCGUUUCAAAUCUGCCAUGAACCAUAACUUUUAUGAGGGAGUUAUUCAGUACCGUAAUCUAUGUCCCUCUUUUCUUGCUGAUUUACCUGAUUUGAAAAAGAAAGGAUUUCGUUUUGUUGAAAAUCUGGAAUUUUUAGACUAG